AUGCCAAACACCAGACCCCCACGCCUUCAUGUUGACGGAGCCAUCCUCGGUUACCAACGCGGUCUCCGCACCCAAAACAACAGUGUUAGUUUGAUCAAGAUCAAGGGUGUUGAUAGCAAGGAUGAAGUCGAUUUCUAUCUCGGAAAGAAGGUUGCAUUUAUCACCAAGUCCGAGACUGCCGACAAGUUUGGAAACAAAUUCCGUGUCAACUGGGGCAAGGUCUGCAGAGCACACGGAUCCAACGGUGUCGUCCGAUGCACUUUCCGACGAAAUUUGCCCCCGCAAGCUAUUGGUGGAAAGGUCAGAGUUAUGCUUUACCCAUCGCGCGUAUAA